GUGUUUACUAAGUAAAUGCGCGCGCCUUACUGACUUCGGAUCACUGCACGGUCGUGUGCGACAGAGGGAAGAUGCAUUUUGAUGAGCUUCUCGGUGUCCUGGGUGAAUUUGGAUUAUAUCAGAAAUAUGUAUUUUUUCUCAUGUGCAUUCCCUCCAUCAUUGCGGCCUUUCAUAUGGUCAAUUCUGUGUUCCUCUUAGGAAUACCAAAACACAGGUGCAAGUUGCCAAAUUAUCCAAACGAUACUUUCCUGAGCCAAGGUCCAGCGCAUGACGAUCUGGUAAAGGCCUACAUCCCGACUGAACUCAACGUGGACGAUGAUGUGGUCUACAAGAAAUGUGCAAUUUUUUCUAUCCCCGUCACGGGAAAUGCGACCACCCCAUCCGAACAAAGUUGUAGUUCUUGGGUUUACGACAAAACAGUGUACGAAAACACGUUCGCGUCUGAGCAAGAUUUGAUCUGUGGAAAACAGAUAUGGGCAACCAAUGCCAAAAUGAUCUUCUUUGCUGGUGUGCUGGUCGGUGCUCUCUGCUUGGGUGCUCUUUCCGACAAAAUAGGAAGAAAGAAAACGCUGAUUCUAUCCAUUUUAUCCCUGCUGGCCUCCAGUUUGGCUGUUUCGUGGGCGGCCAAUUUCUACGUAUUUUGCGUGCUUCGAUUCAUUGUUGGAUUUUCCUGUGCAGGGUUGUUCAUGUCAGCAUUUGUUUUAGGCAUGGAGAUCGUCGGACCAUCCAAGCGUAUGUGGGUUGGAAUUGUGAUCGAGUACUUCUUCGCCUUAGGACUGGUUCUUCUGUGCCUUAUUGGAUAUCUCAUCAGAGAGUGGAAGUACAAUGAAAUAACCCUGUCUGUUCCUUCCGCGAUCCUGUUGAGCUACUGGUGGUUGCUUCCUGAAUCCCCUCGCUGGCUGGUUAACCGAGGACGACUGGAGGAAGCAAAGGUCAUCAUUCGCAGAAUAGCCAAACGAAACAAGGUCCAAGUCACCGAGAAGCAGUUGGAUGCAUUGGAAUGCGACGAAAAGGUUACGGGUCAACUUUGGCACCUGUUUACGUCACGGGUGCUGCUUGUCCGAACACUGAUCAUUUUCUUUAAUUGGUGUGUUGUAAGCAUGGUGUACUAUGGACUCUCUCUGAAUUCUGGGAACCUGGCCGGGGAUUUUUACCUGAAUUUUUUCCUGACUGGUCUUGUAGAAUUCCCGGCUUAUACGCUAUGUUUGGUGUUAUUGGAUCGAGUCGGAAGAAAGAAAUUACAUUGCGCGUGCAUGGUGCUCGGAGGACUAGCUUGUAUUUCCACCAUAUUCACUGUUCUGUACCUCGGCAAAAGUCACCAGAUGUACUCCACAGUUAUCUUGGCGAUGUUGGGUAAGAUUGGAGCGGCCGCAGCGUUCGCCGUUAUAUACGUGUGGUCGGCGGAGCUGUACCCCACCGUGGUCCGUAACGUUGGAAUGGGCGCCAGCUCGUCCUGUGCUCGUGUUGGAGGGAUGUUAUCGCCGUAUAUCGCGGACCUCAAUGGGAUAGUUGGCGGUCAUUUUGGUCAGGCACUUCCGCUGGUUGUGUUUGGAAGUGCGUCCGUGUUAGCAGGAUUGCUUUCUCUCAUUUUACCGGAGACAUUGGGAGCUAAUCUACCAGAGACCAUAGAGGACGGCAAAAACUUUCCUCUUCAAAAGCGAGCCACAAAAUACCAAGAAAAUGGAUCUUCCAAUGCCUACGACAACAGAGUUUUUACAGAAGACUCCACAAAAUUAUAAUCUGGGACAUUUUAGGCUGCUUAUUGCAGAUUUUGUAUUUAUCAACACCUGAUAGAAUGCAUGCUAGAAAUCCAUUUAUAUUUGAAAUCAUUUACAUAAACCCACGCUUAUCUUUAAAUUUUCAUCCUUAGGGUCGUUUCUUUUUUUGUUCACUCCAUUUCUUCCAUGAAUAUUUACUGCCUCCAAAGAGAAUCUUCGUAUCGUUCUUGAUUAGCCUACGUCCAUGUGGUGCUGAAUCCGUGUGUAUUUGAGGAUAAGUACAUGCAUAUAGUUGAAUUUACAAUUAUAUGGAGAUGAAGUGUGUGACAUAUAUUGUCUGCAAUUCCUGUAAAAUUGUCAAACAUCUUUCAUUUUUAUAUCUCAUUAUUAUUAUUUUUAAAAAAGCCAAAUUGGGGCCUAGGGGUGCAAGAAUACUGUUCUCAGUAUGUGCAUCGUGACGAUGAACGACCUUUAAAGGUCUCUAGAUUUUUAGAGGUUUUAACUGUAUCGCAGAAUUUUAUCUUAAUAUUGAUCUUUUUAAAAAUAAACACAAUUAGACCUUUCCAUGCGGGAAUGCACUGCAAUACCCCAAAAGACCACAUUACAAACCAAGUCAUUUCAAAAUUUACUGUAUGUUUCAAAGUCAAAUCCGUACUUCUAAAGUUCAAAUGGAACAAACAGAUAUUUAUCCUAAUAUCCUGAGCUGUGACCUUUAACACGUGUUUGUUUCUUUUUUUGUGGGGUUUUUUUUUUUUUUUUUUUUUUGUGGUUUUUUUUUUUUUUUUUUUUUCAUGCGAGAAAUCUUUAUUUCAUAAUCAUGUAGCUUUCAGGACGAGGAUGAGCAUCAUUUCAACAUGGAAAAAAUAUAGCAGCAACUUGGACAAGAAAUAUUCCUUUUUUCUUCGAGUAACCUUGGCAUUCUUCAAAUGACCUUGACAUUCAGAGGAUCGUUAUAUGACACGCCGAGUUCACAAAAAUGAUUGAGAAAACAUUAUAACUAGGUUUACUGGUCGGUUAACAGAGCUUUAGUUACAGGUGAUGAUAAUAAUCUAUAAUUUACAUUUCUAAAUCAUGGUGUGCGCCAUACCAGGCAAUUCUAAACCAACGAAUCUUUGAUUAACAAGUAUUUAAUAUAUAGUUUGAUGAAUUAAGUUUCACGAUUUGUUAACUAUAGUUAGCAAUUUUAAACUAUGUAUAAUUAACGGAUCUUAAUCAUAUUUUCUGACACUAACCUAUGGUUCACGGCUGUCCAUUAUAGUUUACAAACUGGAAUUAUUGUUACUUUAGAUUAAAGUUGUAUGCAACAGACGAUAAGGCCCAACAUGGUUUAUUUGAAAAAUAGCUUCACUUUAUAGUUAACGACUGUUAACUAUGACAAACGAUUGACAAGUGAUAAUUAUCAUGAAAAAUCGUGAUUAAUUAACAUGUUCAUUCAAUUUGAUAAACCUGGUUUUGCAUUUGAUAAGUAUAGGCAUAGACAUAUGGUAUAAGUUCCAACAUUAAAUACUUUAAAUUUACAUUAAAAAAUUUCUCACAUAAUUUUGAUAAUGCUCUGCAAAUUAUUGCCAAAAUGUUAAUUAUAAUUAACGCUCUAUAAACUUGUAGUUUACGUCUUAUAAACCUAGUUUAACAAAUGUAAAGCCAUGUUUCUCUUACUUUUGUGAAAUUGGCGUAUCAUAUCGUCGUGUUAUUUAAGGUUAAUCGAUCCUUAUGUGAUGUCAUAGGUUUUGCAAAAAUCCUUAUCAAAUUAAACUUUGCGCAUGAUAGAAAUAUAUCUUCAGAGGAAUUUUAUUUACUGCAUAAAAUAAAAAAUUUGGUAAACUAUUGAUAUUGAAAAAGUGUAUAUUUUCAAUAGAUAAUCGAUUCUUUAUAAUUAAAAAAAAAUGUUGUCAAGGGCAAUAACUCCUAUGCUGGUAUUUCUUCUACAGCAUGUCUAUUAUGCAUGAUUUCCCUAAUAUCCACAAUUAAUUCAUACAUAUUUAUGAAUUAAGUUUUUUUUUAAACUGUUGACAUUUAAAAUUUGUCAAUUCAAAAUUUUUUUAUCUAUUUUAAUUAUUCUGUACAACGAAAAUUGUGAUUUUCUGAUGUUAAUUUUUACUUCCAUUUUUUUUUUUAAUGUCUGACAUCUUUAAAAAUGUGGCAAAAUACACAUUUUCUUUGGUUAUUGUUUAAAUUUAACUAUAUUGAAUGGAAAUUAAUACAGUUUUUGCACUUUUAACCAUUCUUAUUGAUAAGUCACAUGAGGAUCGAUCCACCUUCAGAAAUCUCAUAUACAAAAAUAAAUUUUUAAAACUAUCAUAAUGAUACAUUCUACUUUCAUUUAUGUCAGAUUCCCCUGACGUUAAUUACAACUGUAGCACAUUCACGGAGAAAUGACUUUCAUUACAUGUACCAAUUGUAAAGAUAUCAAAGGCAAAAACAUUGGACAUAUAAAUAUUUAAGAAUUUGAAAUUAUAUGAGAAUAUACAAGUAUACCUCGAGCCUUUUCACACCACCAUAUUGAAUGGAGCACGUAGGGUAUCAUCAUAUAAUAAAUGCUAUUUACAUUUCAAUGAUAAACCCGUGCUGCACUCUUUAGGUCCAGUGUAUUCAUACGCAUUGAUUGGCCUAUUUCAAAGGUCGUAAGUUUAUGAGAAAUUAACUUUCAGUUUCAGUUAGUAAGAACGUUAAGGAAAAACGGAGUGAAUGUAAUUAAAAUAAUUUCUGUGUAAUGUAUGAAUGCCACAUCUUUAUCUGCUGCAAAAAAUAUGACUGUACAAGAACUUCAGUGAACGCGUUUUCCUCUAGUGACCUUAGAAUUGUUCAUAUGACCUCAGCAUCAUAGGAUACGUAUUAAUGCAUUUGUUUAUUUCUGUCUACCCUUUGUGAUUAUUUUAGCAAAUAAAAAGUGUAAUUUUCA